GGGAGUCCCUAGAUGGCUGAUCCAGCCCCUUCCGACGUGUUUGUAUCCUUCUACCCUCCCCGAGAAGGCGUAGCUCACCGAUGGGCCGGUAGUCCCACCUCUUCCCCUUCGCUGGCCGACCUGUCGCUGCAGCCGCUGAUGGUGCUGGCGGCUGACGGCACCUCUCUCACGCUCAAAUACGAGUCGGGGGCCAUCGCUGUCAGGUCUGCAGAGAGAAAACGACCCGACCCACAGCAUGCAUGGCAGAACAGACAGAUGCGAAUGUGUUCACGUUGUUUUCGUUGCGGUGCAGGUAUGAGGUGGUGCGCUCCUUCACGAGUGCCGCCCUCUAUCCAUCGCUGUAUGGUGACCUGAGCGGCAGCGGGGGCGGCAGACCGUCUGCGCCGGAUGGGCCCGUCGAGGGAUGUCGCCUGUUCACUGCCUACGAAGAUCAGACGGUGAGAGGGCUCUGUGCAGUGCAGACACAUGGGAGGGGAGAUGGAAGGAAAGUCGGAUCUUGUUUGUUUGCUGUUUUCCGUUUCAUUGUGGUUCAGAUGGCGUUGGAGUGGUUCGACUCUCCUGGUGUAUUUCGCGCGUGGCAUAACGUGGUGGGCAACCCAAUCGCAUUUCACCACAAACCCAUACACAACAAACACAAACAGUUCUUCAAGGCAAGCAAAGCAACACACACAGACCAGAAACGCCGCCCUCUCCUUAUCCAGUCUUUCUGGCUUGCCUGCCCUGCCGCCAUGUUGUUGUGUUGUGUGUAUGCAGGGGUCGGGAUACUUGCAGGGUCCGCAUGGUGAGGUGUUGGCCGAGUGGUGUGACGAGCCCCACGGCAACCCCUUCGACCCCACACUGACCGUCGCCUCGCCCCCCGAGCCCACACCCGCCCGCACAGUGCUGCUCUCGCGAGACAUCGGCUUCACACAACACCCCACAGAGGGAUUCAUUCUAUUCUUCGUAAGCAGCACGACUGGAUGAAUGGGUCGAUGGAUGGAUGGAUGGAUGAGACGUCAACACGUGUGUGCGCAGCGGUGUGCUGGAGGUGAGUUCAUGAUUCCGUUUGGCAGUGUACCGACGUGGCCGGCCGUCGGGCGAUGCGAGCCGGCACUGUGGCCAUUUGAGGAACCAAUGGUACGCAAAACAAGCCGCUUUCUACCCCCUCACAUUCCCUGUAUCGGUGUGUAUGUGUGGGUGUGGGUGUGUGUCUCAGGAAGGGUCUCUGGCGUCUGUUGGUGAUGUAUCUGGCGAGUGGCUCCGUGGCCACGUGGUGUCGUUGCGGGGCCCCGAGGCCGUCACACGCCAGCCACUGACGGAGAGCGACAUGGACCUCCUACUGCAUAACAAGGGUGAGUGGGCGAGACACGAUGGGAACCCCAACUUUUGCUUCGCACAGGUGUUGUGUGUCGUCUUGUUGUACUGUGGCAGGUGUAGCGUUGGUUGACUAUGAGUUGGAAGUUCGGACCCGCCAUCAGUUCAUGCAGCAGCAGGCCGCUGCCAAAGGCCGCAAGGACAAAAACACCAACACCAAGGCAAAGCAAGGUGUUGAGAGAAAGAAACGUACAAAUCAUGCGCACAGCCCUUCCCGUCAUUCAGGCAAGCAUGGCGGCCGUGUGAGUGAGGGGGCCAAGGUGGUGCCGAUGGGCGGCUCCCUACCGCCACCGGCACACAUGAGCCGAGGACAUAGCAUGGUAGCAGCGGCACUGCCCAUGGGGAUGCCCCCCACGCAGGUACGCAAAGCACCGAAAAAACACACCAGUGCCUCACAUGACCACGUGCGUGCACAUAUGUGUAUAUGUGUGUCAGGUGUCUCGUUGGGAGGAGCGUUCCGAAGCGUCGACCGACAGCCAGCGGUCGGGCAAGGGAGAGGGCAAGAAAACCAAAGCCAAGACCAAGGGCGUCAUGAACCAGUGGCUUCGGUAAGUAAGUUACGAUAAGUCGCCCAACCUAGGAGCGCAAAUGCAUGCAUGUAUCUUCUCUGCUUCUUCGUUUGUUCGUUCAGGCGUGACCUGUGUCGGCUCCGCACGUCCGCCCCGCACUACACCCCCGUCCGCAGCGCCGACAUGACCUGCCACCCACACCAACAACCACAGACCAUUUACGAGCCCCCACCCAAGACACUCGCCGACGCAGCCAUUGAGAUGGGCUUCGACGUCACGGCCCAGCCGCCGCCCGGGCCCCUCCGGCAAGACGACAUCACGCGACGGGAGAGCGAGUGUGACGGCAACCAGGUGGUGGAGUCGUCGGCCUCGAGCACGCCGCUUGCAUUGGACGGCAACCUCUGGGACGCGGCCAAGGGGAUUGGCAGGGGGGUGCGGCAUGGCGGUGGGAGAGGGGUGGGAGGGGGGAACGAUAAAGGGCGGCGCCCAGCUGAGAGGCCGAGCAAGGAGGAUUUGCGUGACGAUCUGUGGCGAGAGGGGGAUAUCGGAGAGGGAGAGGGGUCGGCGUUCAUGCCUAGAGAGGGUUUCUACGCCACGAGUGCUGCCAAGGGAGGGCCUGUCCGCGUGAGCCCUCCAGUAGCGUACCCGCCGCAGAUGGACGAGGAGGUGAUGGUGCUGCGGGGCGGCGUCAAGGACAAGUCGCCACGUGCCCAAGACCCCCUGACAAUGAGCUCCCACUCCAGCCCCUUCAAGACCUACCGCUACACCAACGGCGGCACACUCGAGGGGCAGCACCAGCAGCGGCCGCAGCAGGGUGGCAACGGCAGCAGUCAUGUGGAGCAGCUGAUGGCGUUGCAGGAGCGGCUCAAGCAGGAGCGCAUGGCGCAGCGACAGCACUUCUACCAGGACAUACACCACCAGAACCUACAGUACAUGAACAUCCAGCAGCACCAGCAGCAGCACCUGCUGGCCCCUCCCCCGCCCACGUUCCCCCUCCCCGCCCGCAUGCCCCCUCCCCCACAGCAGCUGCCGUCAUCAUACCAUGUCGCAUUUGAGACCAUUGGACUCAGCCACAACCAGCAACAGCUGAUGCACGAGGCCCCCGAUGGCUGCCUGCUGCUCACGGGCGUCGGGGACGCGGAAGCGGAGGAGUACAUCGGUCCAGUCGACUCGCAGAUCCUCGGCUCGCCCCUCGCCCAGCCCAUGAUGCCGCAGCUGCAAGACGACCGCAAGACAGCAGCGGCAGCAGCAGGUGGCGGUGGCGGCAGGAUGGUGCCCCUCUCGGUGCAGAAGGGUCGCAUGUCUUUCGCGGCGUUGAGACAGAAGAUGGGCAAGGCGGCCAGUGAGAAGACCGGUGUCGACAAAGGCGGCGGGGAUGGGGGUGUGGACAAGGGUGGGGGAGGCGGUGUGCUGCGCUCGUCGGGUCUCCGCUCGACCCUCAUGCAGCAGAAGCUCCACCAGCGGGCACAGCAGCAGCAGCAGCAGCAGCAGCGGGCGGGCACUAUCGCCAAAGUGGCGGGCAAGAGGACGGCUGUGGGCAUACAGAAGAAAGAACGAGAGGCGGGAGACACAGAAGCGCCGAAGGGCAAAGAGGAGCAGAAGCGGCCGGAGCCGAUUCCUCACGGCAGUGCGGUUAGCGAGUCCACCACUGGCCCGUCGUCCAAGCGAGAGACCGACCGUAAGGCUACACCGCCACGGAAGAAGAAGCAGACCAUAGCCCCUCCACCCAAGGAAAGCACCACGCACAAGGAGUCCCCAGCAACGCCCCCGUCCAGCCCUUCUCGCCGUUCGUCUGCCAAUCCGUCUCGUUCGUCCACCCCGUACAAGCGGCGUUCGCGUGUCAACCCCUUCCAGGCCCUCCAGCCACCGCACUUCCCAGCCCUCACUGAGCCCAAGCCCAAGGUGCCCGUGUUCCCCAAACCAGAGAGACCAAAGAGUGCCGGUGUUGGCCAGAGGAAGCGGCAGCAGCCAUCUGUGCGAGAGGAGGCAUCGGCAGCAACGGCGGUCAAGGUGCCCGGUCCCGCGUUCAAGGCAGGGCUGGCCAGGCCUGUGCCUCCCCCACGCGCCAAGUCCACCGGGCGGAUGACGGUGCCAUCUGGGGUGGCUCGGGACCGAUCCCCGGCUGUGAGACAGCCUGCUGCGAAGGAGCGGCGCGCGAACAAGAAGGUGGUGCAGUCGAAGUCGCCCCCCGCCGCCCCGAGCGAAGAAGAGAAGAAAGCCAAAGCCAAGGCCCCGCUUAUCGAGCCUGGUCCGCCGCAUGGGAUGCUGUCUUUGGAGACAAUCAAGGCGGGUCUGCUGCAGAAGGAGGUGGGGGGUGAGGUCAAGACGGGGCCGACGGGCAUCCUGGUGGGGGAGGGGGAGGGGCGGCUGGUGUGGGACUCAUCGCUCGGGCAGCUCAUCAGCCUGCCGGCACAAGACCACCUCCAUCACCCGCAACAACAGCAGCAGGUCAUCCAGGAGCAGAAGGACAAGAGUGAGUCGGGCAAAGUUGGGGAUGGACGUCGGCUGACAUACUCGCCACCAAGGACGCCCCCGCUGGCCAAGAUCUUCCCCUUCCACAUGCAGUGGGAGAUGCUGGAGGCCUCUCCGAUGCCACGAGACAUCCAAGACCGGGAGGACGUCACGGUCAGGCCCCCCGCUGCCAAGGCGUCGCUCGUCAAGCCGCCACUGCCCAACCCCUCGCUCAUUGCGAAUGGUGUCACUGGCGACGCCCAACGCGACGGCAAUGGCGCUCCGGUGCGUGCAGCGGACCGCGAGGGGCCGCCAUUUGUGUUUGGGGGAGGGGUGGUCUCGAGACCUAAGAAGCAUCCGGAAGAGCCGCAGCCCACCACGAGCACCACUACCACGCGUCUAAUAUCCCUCACUGGCGGCAAGUCGACUCCCUCCCUGCUCUCACCCGCCAAUCCGCCACACCCCAACCCAUACACACCACCAGCAGUCGUUGGGACGGUCCCCCCCAUUCCCCCUGUCCGCGAUCCUGUCCAUCGGGUGGCCUCGGGGGGGCACACGGUUCAGCGGAUGGCGACCGGCCCUUACCGAGUUGCUGGGGCUGGUCUUGUGGGUCCAGUAGCGUAUGCAUACCCACUUGUAGCGGCGUGGCAGCCUCCUGUGAUGGCUGUGCCGCCCCACGGCGUGCAGGGGGGGAUGCCCUUGCGGGUGCAGGUGGUGGGGGUGAGUCGCAAGACUUUGCCGACGAGGAUGGGCUGACUGACUGAGUGGCUGACCGAUUGACUGAAUAAUUGAAUGGAAUGGAAUGGUCAACGUGUUUGUGGGACACGUGGGUUGGUUGCGAU